AUGUCCUCAUUAGAGAAUAUCCUUUAUUUCCAGGCUGGACUUGGAGUCCUAGCCAAUAUGUUUCUUCUUCUUUUUUAUAUUUUUAUAAUCAUAGGUCACAGACCCACACCCAUGGACCCGAUCUCCUGUCAACUGACCGUCACUCAUAUAAUGAUGAUCCUCACUAGAGGAAAUAUUUGGCUUGUAGACAUAUUUGAGUUACUAAACAUUGAGAAUGACAUCAAAUGUAAGGCAAUGUUUUUCACAAAUAGGGUGAUAAGAGGCCUCUCUAUCUGUAUCACCUGCCUCCUGAGUGUGUUUCAGGCUAUCACAAUAAGUCCCAGUACCUCUUUGAUGGCAAGAUUUAAACAUAAACUAAAAAGAUACGUGAUAAAUGCCUUAUUUUAUAUUUGGGUCUUCAAUUUGUCUGCCAGCAGUGACGCAAUAUUGUCUGUUGGUGGUUUUACCAAUGUGAGUGAGAUCAAGCAGGUGAAGAUCACUAAAACCUGCUCACUCUUCCCCAUGAACUAUAUCAUUAGGGGGUUAACUUUUAUACUUUCAUCAUCCAGAGAUGUGUUUUUUGUAGGAGUCAUGUUGAAUGCAAGUGCAUAUAUGGUGAUUAUCUUGCACAGACAUCAGAGGCAACACAGGAAUCUUCAUAGCAUCAGCCACCUGAGAGCAUCCCCUGAGAAAAAGGCCACCCAGACCAUCUUGUUGCUGGUGGUUUGUUUUGUGACCAUGUACUGGGUGGACUUCAUCAUCUCAUCCACCUCAGUCCUCUUAUGGGUGUAUCAUCCAGUCUCCCUGACUUUUCAGAAGUUUGUGACUAAUGCCUAUCCCACAAUUACCCCUUUGGUACAAAUCAGUUCUGAUAAGAGAAUAAUCAAUGUAUUGAAAAACCAGCAGUCCAAGUUCCACAGGAUUUUCUAA